UUUGUCAGUAUUUAAUGUAUGAAACUUUAGUUGGCUAUCCGUUCAUCAGCUGAUUGGUUUCAAAAGUGACGUGUGACGGGAUCGUGCACGACGAGGUUAGUGGAGAAGGAUUCAAGAAUGUUUGGGAAAUUUUAUUCAUUGAACACAUGAAAAGACUGCGAUUUAACGUCACAUUUUCGGACAACAAAUUAAUAUGUGGAUUGAACAUUUUUGACCCGUCUGAAUGUGAGAAUUGUAGCGCGAAUUAAACGUCAACUCCACGCAAAUGUUAUUUUGUUUGUGAAACAAUAUAAUAGUACUUGAAGAUGGCUGAUGAUACUCUCAAUGAUGUGCUUAUUGACCGCCUCAGGUCGUUCCUUUCAAAACCGAAUGAGAAUCUGGAUGGUAUCAGAUCUGCGGCAGCUAGACUACACAGUCGCUGCGCAUCUCAAGACAAAGCAACGCGCGAGCGCACGCUGGAGCGCGUGUGGCGGCGCCACGACGGCGCCAUCCCGCUCGUGCUCUCGCUGCUCGAGAGUGUCCGAGACCAAGUGACAUGCUGUAGUCUGGCGGGUAUCCUGCAUGAGUGUGUAUCCCCUAGAGCAGGUACUUCUGGAAAAAAGAAAGCUCAGAAUCAUGCAGUCAAGUAUCGAAGUCCUGCUCUUAGUCAACUGACAUCCUUAAAUGCCACUCAGUUGAUUAUUAAAUUGCUCAUGCAAUUGAGCGGAAAAGAGAGUCAAAUCUCUGACAUGUUACUGUAUGAACUAGUGUGGAUAAUUGCUCAGCUCUCACAAAAAGAUUCAAAAUUUUCUGUGAAAGUAAGAUUGACGGGUAGUGCACGAACAUUCCAUAACAUAUUACGACUUCAUUAUAACAACCCUAAACUGUUAUAUCCUCUAUUGAUAGUGUUCAAAUCCCUGUCAAGAAAUGUUACCACUUCUACUGUUUUGGUAAAGGAUGGCAUAGUUUCUACAAUGGAAAAAGUUAUAGUUAGUAUUGGAUAUUCCCCCAGUCCAAAAUUGCGACUGUCACUGAACGUAAUGCAUUCCCUCACUCGAAGUAGUAUGUUUCUUUACAAAUUGCCAAAUUAUAUUAAUUUUUUCUUUUCUGUACUUAUUUAUGUGAAAUAUAUUAAAUUGAUAUAUUUUAUAGAGCUGUGCUGUACAAAAAUGGCCAAAGAGGAUUUUGUUCCACUAUUGCUGAGGAUUUUUGAACGUUGGGAACGUUAUAAUGGCAAGAUGAGAUUGAGGAUACUUACAUACACAAUAAUAACAUUGAAACAUCUCUCUAAUACCAAAAUUGGACGGAAAGCCAUAAAAAGUAGCAAUGGCUUAAAUCUUUUAUACAAAUUCUGUGUGUUGUGUCCUAAUGACAGAACAUAUGACUCUCUUUUGCCAAGAGUUGCUUCAAUUAUUGGAACAUGUAUGGAUAAGAAAGUUUUGCCAAUAGAUACUACAGGACCUGUGCUGUUUAGUCUUCCAGUUUUGAAGACUGAAAAUAGUGACACAAGUGACAAUACAACAGGUUCAGGAAUGAGGACAUCUUCUUCAAGGGAGACCACUCCAUCAGCUGAUGGAAGUGUAGCUGAAUCAUUUGAUAAUAAUGAUGAUGAUGAUGAUGAUGCGUCAGAUAAAACGCAAGAGUCAGAUGCUGGGCAUGGACCCUAUGCAAUACCACCUCCAAUUUUAAGGGAUAUGGAUGACUUGUGCCAAUAUGCUGCUUUUUUUCAAGAAAAUGUAGUCACAAGCAACCAAGAAGCAAGAACAUUUGAAGAGAAGUGCAUUCCUCGGGCUAAGUCUUACCAAGAGUUUGGUACCCAUGGAUGUGACUCUCUUGGUGAACACAGAGAUUAUUGGUUAAUAAAUGACCGUGAUGGCUUAAGAAGUGAUUCUUAUUUAGGAUCCUGUCACCUCCAACACCAAGAACCCAGUAAUGAUGAAAAUUCAUUUUGGCAGAAAGAAGUUGAAAGGAGAUUAAAUAAUUAUAUGCGUACUGUAAGAAGCCACUCUAGUUGCUCCUGUUAUGACGUUUAUAAAAGAGAGAUGACAUGGAAAGCCAGUUCAGAUCCAGCCAUGAAUAGUAAUCUUCAGAAUAGCUUACACAUGAUGGGACUGACUAUCUUAUCAGACAUACCAAAACAUUCUAGUGUACAUUAUGCAUAUUGUGCAAUUGCUUCAAAAGUGAAUACUGUUUACCCUGUUGUUAAAGUGGCUUAUCCAGAUAUGGUUGGAGGUGAUGGCUCUGGUCAGCUUUAUCCUUUACAUAUUAAAGACAGGAAAGUAUGCAGGGCUAAGCUUAUGACGUCUGUGGAACGUGCUGUUCAUCCUCAUCUUUUGUUAGACAGAGUUGUUUAUGAUUUGGAUGGACUUAUUCAACAAGAUGCAAUAGCAAAAGGAAAUGACUCAGGAGAAAAACAUUUAUAUAAUAUUGAUGAAAGACGUGUGGGACACAGAGACCUCCUAAAACAUCAUCUUCUUUUUGAAUCUCGAUUCGAAAGUGGUAAUUUAAGAAAAGUUGUGCAGAUUGGUCUCCAUGAAUAUGAAUUGAUUCUUUUGCCAGAUGUGAAUUCAGUAAAGCACCAUCAGUGGUUUUAUUUUGAAGUUAGUAAUAUGGAGGCUAAUGUAACCUACACUUUCAAUAUUGUAAACUGUGAAAAGCAGAACAGUCAAUUUAAUUACGGAAUGAAACCUAUCAUGUACUCUGUAAUUGAGGCAAAGGAAGGACGGCCAGGCUGGGUGAGAGCUGGAUCAGACAUAUGCUACUAUCGCAACAAUUACCAGAACCUGCAUGGCCGAUCUCGUUCGUGGUAUCUUACCACAUCCUUUUCAAUGACUUUUCCUCAUGAUAAUGAUGUAUGCUACAUAGCAUAUCAUUUCCCUUAUCCUUAUUCUCUACUAAUGACUCAAAUUUGGAAGUGGUCAUUGUCCGUUGAUCCAAGUUUAAUUUACUUUCGAACUGACUGCCUUUGCUACUCUCUUAAUAACAAUGAAACUCCACUCUUGACCAUCACAUCUCCUGAUAUGGAAUCCAAUCGAAUAAAGGAUCGUGAAGUUGUAUUCUUAACCGCCCGUGUGCAUCCUGGAGAAAGCAAUGCAUCUUGGGUCAUGCAUGGAACUAUCCAGUAUUUGCUGAGCAAUGCACCUGCUGCUAUCAUGGUUCGAAACAAGUUUGUCUUCAAAAUUGUUCCUAUGUUGAACAUGGAAGGUGUAAUCAAUGGAUGUCACCGAUGUGGCCUCUCUGAUGAAGACCUAAAUCGCCGUUGGAGCAGACCUAACCAGUAUUUGCAUCCUGUCAUCUAUCAUUCUAAGGGGCUUAUUGAGUACUGUGCACGGAUUAUGAAUAAAGCACCCUUCAUGUUUUGUGAUUACCAUGGUCACUCAAGACGCAAGAAUGUCUUUUUAUAUGGAUGCUGCAAUGCUGGCAGUUGGAAUCAAGUAGACAGAUCUAAUUCGGAUGAUCCUGUGGAUUAUUUGAUGCUUCCGUACCUGAUGCAGCAUUUUUCGAAGGCCUUCAACCUGCAGGCUUGCAACUUCCGUGUUGAACGCAUGCGUGAAGCAACUGCGCGCGUCACCAUUUGGCGCGAGUUCGGAGUGAAGCGCAGCUACACCAUGGAGAGCAGCUUCUGCGGUUGCGACCAAGGCUUCUACCAAGGUUAUCAUCUGGAUACAAUCCACUUAAAAGAAAUUGGUGCUAAUUUUUGUGAGGCAAUGGCUUGCUUGAAGGAUGAAGGAGGCUGGAAAGCUGAUAUAACUCCAGAAGAGGCUGCAAGACUGGCAGGACUCACCUCCAAGGAACAACUAGAUGAAUCCCCACCAAUGAGUGAGAUAUCUGACAAUAGUGAUUUUAGCAGCGAUGAAGAUUUUCACUAGCGGGUUUGUCAACAAUGUAUCCAGUACCCACCUUGUUUCAUUCAUGAGUGAAUGUUUUAUAUAAAUAAUAUUGUCCACAUUUUUCGUAUUUAUGUACUGUAUUGUCUGAUAUCAUUUUCAUAUUUAAUGAAAUAUAUAUAAUUUAUAUGUAUAAAUCAGCAAGUUUGCAAUUUUGUGUGUAUAGCUCUAAAAUUUCUUUUACAAGCACAUAUAAAUGAUUUUGUUAAAUACAACAAAGUGCACGAGAUUGUAAGAAAUUAAACUACAGUACCUCUGUUGUAUUGUUACAAUGAUUGGUUAAUUGAAUAGACUGUACUGUGAUGUUUGUAUUAUCAAUACAUUCUCAACUGGGAGUAUAGCUUUCCAUAGGCAUAGCAUGCUGGUAUACUUUUAAGUUAACACAUACAAGC